AUGGAGAACCAGAACAAUAACAAUCGGAUGUAUCUCAACUUUGGGAACAAUGAUCGCCAGAAUCCACCGAAUGAUCGCGCGAACUACCCAACGACACCCUCGACCUUCCCACAACCCGUCUUUCCCCCGCAUUCUGGCCAGUCCGGUGGCCUUCAGCCUUCUCAGCAGGCCUACCAGACAGGCUACGCCCCCCAGGGUUACUUCAUGCACAACCAGUAUCCCGCGAACUACCCCGCCCAGCCUCAAGGGAACGAUUUUGCUGCGGUGAAUGUUUACCAGCAGAGGUCCAACACUCCGGGGACAAAUGAUCCGAACACCGGUCUCGCCCAUCAGUUCUCUCAUCAGAACCUCGGCGGCGCCGCCCGAGCCCAGGCCUAUAACACCAGGGGUCCCUCUCCCGCCCAACGUCCCCGAACUGCUGGCGCCCCGGGACAGUCCUCGGGCUACGCUAGCUACCCAAGUGCGCCCAUGCCUUCUUCCGCGCCGGUUCCUCCGGAGGAUCUCUUCGCCCGUGCGCCUGAGCGGAAUCCCGACAGGUAUGGCUCCAAUGCCAACAACAACCAGGUCAAGUGCUCCAAGCUGGCGGCCGACUUCUUCAAGGACAGCGUACGCCGGGCACGCGAGAGGAACCAGAGGCAAAGCGAAAUGGAGGCCAAGCUCCAGGAACCCAAUCAGUCGCCAUCCAGACGAGAGCAGAUUUGGUCGACAGCGGGCCGAAAGGAGGGCCAGUACCUGCGUUUCCUCCGAACCAAGGACCGGCCGGAAAACUACAAGACCAUCAAGAUCAUCGGCAAGGGCGCCUUCGGCGAAGUCAAGCUCGUCCAGAAGAAACAGGACGGCAAGGUCUAUGCCAUGAAGUCUCUCAUCAAGACCGAGAUGUUCAAGAGAGACCAACUCGCCCACGUCCGGUCCGAGCGUGAUAUUCUCGCCGAAUCUGACAGCCCCUGGGUCGUCAAGCUGUACACAACCUUCCAGGAUACGUACUUCCUCUACAUGUUGAUGGAAUUCUUACCGGGCGGCGACUUGAUGACCAUGCUCAUCAAAUAUGAGAUCUUCUCGGAGGACAUUACCCGCUUUUACAUCGCAGAAAUCGUACUCGCCAUCGAGGCUGUCCACAAGUUGGGGUUCAUCCAUCGCGAUAUCAAACCGGACAAUAUUCUCCUUGACCGCGGCGGCCAUGUCAAGCUCACCGACUUUGGUCUUUCCACCGGCUUCCAACGCCUGCAUGACAACACCUACUAUCAGCAGCUCAUGCAAGGAAGGUCGAACCGCCCCAGGGACCGGAACUCGGUGGCUAUAGACCAAAUCAACCUCACUGUCAGCAACCGCUCGCAGAUCAACGACUGGCGACGGUCAAGGCGUCUCAUGGCCUAUUCGACCGUCGGAACACCGGACUAUAUCGCCCCCGAAAUCUUCACUGGCCAGGGCUACACCUACGACUGCGAUUGGUGGUCCCUCGGAACCAUCAUGUUCGAGUGUCUUGUUGGGUGGCCCCCUUUCUGUGCCGAAGACAGCCACGACACGUACCGGAAGAUUGUGAACUGGCGCCACACUCUUUAUUUCCCUGACGACAUCACACUGGGUGUAGAGGCAGAGAACCUGAUCCGAAGCCUCGUUUGCAACACCGAGAACCGACUGGGUCGCGGCGGCGCCCAUGAGAUCAAAGCGCACUCUUUCUUCCGAGGCGUCGAUUUUGAUAGUCUCCGCAGAAUCCGGGCACCGUUCGAGCCCCGCCUCACUUCCAACAUUGACACCACCUACUUCCCCAUAGAUGAGAUCGACCAAACCGAUAAUGCUACUCUGCUCAAGGCUCAGGCGGCCCAGGCUCGCCAGGGCGGCCAGCCCAUAGAGGAGACGCCGGAAAUGAGCCUACCCUUCAUUGGCUACACCUUUAAGAGGUUUGACAACAACUUCCGAUAA